AUGAUUGAUAGUCCAAGUUUUUCGAAGACAUUAAGUGGCCUAUCACAUUUUGAUAUAUAUCAACUGUCCGAAGAAUAUCUAAACCAUGCCCACAAACUUUCUCACCAUGUAUCUUCCAAAGAAUCACUCUCGGAGUAUUGUAUGUUGAUAUCUAUGAGUAUUAAACUCCUACAAUAUUUGAAAAUCCAACCCAAUUUAACGCUGGAUCAAGAGGUAGCGGUUACUUUCCAACUAGUUAAUGUAUUAAUUGACGAGACUAUGAAUUUUGAUCUAAUUGAAUCUGAAUUACAAGCACUAAAAAUCAAAUUAAUUAAUUAUUCUAAUAUGGAGACAUUAGCUAAUCGUUUAAGAUGCGAUUUUAUAUUGAACUAUCAAAUACCAUUUGCAAAGGGAAAUAAAUUCAAUUUUAAAGUGGCUUUAAGAAAUUGUAAAGAAAUCAAUCAAAUGGAUAAUACUCAUCUUCCGUCUAAUGGAUGGAGGCAGUUGUUUAAAUAUGUCGAAUGGGCAUUAAAUGUUGAGGUGCAUCAGAAGAAAGUACAUUAUUUGGAUUUGACCCAGAUACGAAUAGAUGGUAAUCAUUCAUGGAAUGCCUUUACUACGCUUUGUUUUGUGAAUUAUCUCUUAAUUCAACGGUUGGAGGUUCCUUCUGAUAUGGAAUAUAUUAUGAAAACAUGGGAAGUAGGGAAUAUUGGUUCCAAACUGUAUGUUUGGAAGUUAAUAUUGGAAUUAGUCAUUAUGAUUUAUAAAGAUGAAAAUAUUACGAGUAAACUAAAUGAAUUCAAUUCUUUCUUUAAGGAAAAUAAGAAGUCAUUAAUUUUAAAUAAUGGCGUCUUCUUAUCCGUUACAUCUACUUUUUCGAUAAGGAUUCAACUGCCAUCGAUUUUUAAUUACAAAGACAUCAAAAACAUAUUGCUGUUACUACAAAGUGUGAGUUAUCUUUCAAAUUGUUAUGAUACAAAUGCUAACUAUUCCACAGUUUUCUUACCUAAGGUACUCAAGACUACGGAAAAGUUGAUGAAAUCUCUGUUUAGUGGCGAUACUGGCGUCCAUGAAUCAGUUAGAGAGCUAGACUGUAAAUACGAAUGGUACCAAACGUUGACUAAGACUUGCCACUUUUAUCAAACUUGGGAAAAGCUUAUAUUACAGCCAUCUAGUUUUUUAACGAAGAACUUAAGCUUGGAUGAAGAGGAAAAGUCGGUGUUAAAAUCAAUAGCUUUACAGUUAACAAAGGGACAAGAAAGAGAAGCAAUCAAAAAAUAUAAUGAAAUUAUUAAUCAAAGAAGUAUGCCAAAUGAGAUAAGGAUGUUUGCCUUAUUAAACACAUAUACAAUUUUAACGGCUUUGAUUAGCAGAAAUGAAUCAAGACAAGAAAACCUCGAGAUGCUUGGGGGAAUCACGGAUCAGAUGGAAAAGCUAUUUUCUAAGACAGAUUUGAGAUUUAACCCUGUCUGGCAUUGCACAAUCACUGUAUUAUGGAUUUUGUCACAUUUUGAGCCGUUUACAAAGAAUCCGUUACCAUCAACGGAAGAGCAAAAGAGUGCAUACCUUGAUAUAUUGAAGAAAUACUAUCUUGCCAAUAAAUUGGUUAAUGCUGACCCCAUAAAAGACAGUAACUUGUUAUCGUUUAAAUUAAAGAAAAGUUUGCUGUUACAAAUUCUUAUAAAUUAUCUUGGGGGUAGGUUAUUUGAAACCGAUUUGGAGACAAUAUGUUUAUUAUCAUCUACGCUCUUCCGUAUAUCAAAGAAACAACCAAUGGAUUCAGUGCAGUAUAUUCUAGGAUUAUGGCAUAUGAUGAAUAGUACAGUGUCCAUGAACGCAAAGGAAAUAGCUGUUACAAAAGCUAGGUUGGAGUCUCUGACUACUGCUUUGGAAUCUAGGAGUUUAUAA